AUGAAAGCUGAACUAGGAUCGGUAAAAGGUCGAUUAUCAGAUCUACAGGGAGAAUAUGAGGAUAAGAUCAAUACUAAUACCAAAGAAUAUAUGAAACCUGCUCUUAUGGCUUUACAGGCGAUCUCACAGUUCGACAGCUUCCAACGUGAGAAUAAACCUCUACAGGAUGUAUUCCGUAAUAAGGCACGAGAGAUGAUGGAUAAUGUCAAAGGGAGUGCUGAUAAAGCUGAACGGAUCGCUAAUAGGAUAAGUCAUCGAAUCGAUAAGGGUGCUUCAAUAAUCGAGAAUAUUCGUCAGAAGGUCCAAUCAUCAUUAGAGAGACAUGUCGGGGAAAAGAAACAGAUCUUUGCUAAGGAAUUGUUGAAGAUCACCACUGAAGAAUCCAAGCCUUUGAAUGUGAUGAUCAAUACCACAUAA